CCGUGCUAUAAGGGCGUAAGUGGAAGGCAAGCUGAGCGAGUGACAAGAAGAGCAAGACUUUGACCGAUAUCGAGGAGUUUUUUACCUCUUCUCGUUAUUUCCAGCCUUUGACAAGCACCAUGACAUUUGCGAAGGGCGAGAGCGCGUGAGUUCGGUGCGAAAUUCGAUGGCGGAGAGGGAGAAAGAGGCUGAAAUAAGAGGCUUUGACGAGGGACGCUGCGAGGCGGAUGACCGGGAUCGCGAGAGGAACCCAGGCUUAAGUGGCGAUUUUCGGCGGUUCUCGAGUCCCAAUCACUCCAAGAUGUAGACGGAAGCCAAGCCUGGAAGAUGGUCAAGCGGAAACGCACUCUCAGUACCAAGGAAAACAACGAGAGUGCGAACCAAGUGAGUGAUGCAGACCAAUGCAGUGAUGCUGCCAAGCGACUAAAGGCUGGUGGAAGCCCAGGAGUGCUAGAAGGUGGAAGACCAGUGGAACUUGCCAGCAGGCAGCCUGACCAUGCCCAUCCACCUGCCUCAUCCACUGUCACAUCCACUGUUGAAGGAACAGUGACAGCAAGCUUACCAGUUUCUGUGGGGCCUUCUCAAUCAAUACCCGAUGUGCCUUUACCGCAGCCCUCUGUCAUACCACAGACCCGAUCAGUGCCACAACUACGUACAAGUGCUCGGGUGCUCAACAAGCAGCGCAGAGAGGAAACCAAAGUCGAUAAUGUUCAAACAAAUGUUGUAGGAGCCAGAAAAUCAGAUGUGACAGGCCUAGAAUCCGAAUAUGGAGACGAAGAGGAUACACUUGGUGGUGGUGGCGGCAACAGCAAGAAGAGGAGGCGAGCAUGGGAACUAUGGUCCAUGGAAGACAAGGACAUCUUCUUUGAGUCCAUCAAUGAGUGCGGCAAAGAUUUCGAGGCCAUUCAGAAUUACAUUACAACUAAACUCAGGAAGAAAGGUACACCAGGUUUCCAGAUCAAGAACAAGGACCAGGUGCGGCACUUUUAUUACAGAACAUGGCACAAAAUCUCGAAGUACAUCACUUUUCAUGAAGGAGUCAAGAAGGCCACCCAGGAGCUGUAUGGCCUCAUUAAUUAUGGUGAGCUGCGCAAGAAGAUUGGAGGCACGCUAGAUGAGCGCAAGGGGCAGAAGUUGCAGGAGUUGAUUCGCAAGGGUUCUACCAGUGUUAGGGUUAAAGGCAAAAGUGUCAGGGUUAGAACGCCUAUUUGCCGAGCUCUCAAAAAGCUGAAUCAGAUUGAAGAACACCGUGAGCAUGGAGAGCUUAGAGUUCCCUUAAGCAUAACAGUGGAAAUCGUGCCUGCAAGCAUACAUGCAUGGUGCCAUGUCCAGGGGCAAGCACACAAUCCUCGGGUCCGUGUGACAACUCCUCUCCAGCGACCUUUGGCAGCUCUCAUCUCUCACCUGCAGGAGAAGUGGCGAAGAUCAGAACUGAAGCUUCGAGAAACACUAUCAUCCCGGGCGACCUUUCCUGUAAACCUGGAGGAUGUCAAGGAAAAGGUUCUGAGAAUAUUACCUCCCAAGGGUACUGUUAUUAAGCCUAUCUCAGUGCAGCCUGAUGUGUUGAUGAAGAGCUCAGCAGUGUCCCUCCUCAGCCACGAGGCAAGACUCAGACGGCGUGGAGAGAAAAUAGGAAGAAGUAACAAGCGCAAGGAAAGCAAACAACCCCUGAGUAAGGGACCAACUGAAGAGAUAAUCAUCUAUGAGAUUGCAGGAGAGGGGGAGGGUCCACAGUGUGAUGCAGAGGGGCUGGGGGGAGAUGCAGAGGGUCCUGGCUGUGAUGUCGAUGGCCUGGGAGGAGAUUUAGAAGACCUGGGAGGGGAAGUGUCCCAAGAAGAACUGGAGGAUGGAAGUGACGUGGAGGUGGGGGGGAUGAACUCACCAGAUGGGGACCAGGAAGAGGCAGUCAUACUCUCACCAGAUGCUCCAGCAGGUACCACGAAGAGUGCUUGUGGGCCUAUGCAGGUGAAGGAGGAGCCUCCAGACUCCCCACUCAUGAUGUCACAUGGCAUCAUAGACUCCGAUAUUAAAGUGAAGGAAGAGAAUGAAGCAGAGUCAACAGAAGCAUUAAGACAGUUGCUUGCUCUAGAGACUGUGGCCAAUGCUGGAACACCAGAAAAUGAUGCGGAUGUUGUUUGUGUAGGGGAGAGUACCAGGCUCACAGCAAAUGUUGGAGAAGUGCAAAAGAGCUCAGCAAACCAGGCAAAUUCAACCCGAGGUAAUGCCCCUUUGGAAGAGAAAGGAUUAGAUAGUCCUAGGCAAGAUGAAGAUGAAAAAGAUCAAAAGGGAGAUGUCACAGCCACACCUGGUGAGGACACUGAGGCUUGGAUGCAGAAAAUACAGGGAGGUUGGACUCUCAGCUCUGUGGGAGGAAUAACUAUCGGGGAAUUAUAUCUGUUGUUUGGGCAGAAUAAGAAACUCAACUUGGAAUAUGAUUUUGAGGAGCCAGUGACAGAGAAGCUGGGUGAAUCAGAUGAUUCACAGACAAAAUCACAGGAGGAUACUCCAUCAGGAGGAGCUAUAAGUGGAAUUGUCAAUUGUGAUAUAACAAGGGCAGCUGCUUUAGCAUCUAGUAACCUUCCAGGGGCAGGGAUGGGGGCCAUGCUCAAUAUGGAGAGAGAGCAGAGACCAGAUGCAACAGGCAAAGAGCCAGCAGACAGCAGUAGAGAAAAUCCAAAUGAUAAAAGUAAAGUGGAUGCAGGGGAAGCCAAAAGAGCAGCAGUGGAGAAUCUGUCAGGAAUGCUGGUGCAGCUAUUGUCCAUGGCAAGAGUGAUCAUGGCCAAAAGCCCGACAGAAUCCUGCUCCUGUGGACAUGUCUGUGGCCGGGGGAGUGGCGGGUUCCGUAGCCCAGCUGCAACAAAGGGACAAGGCCUCCUAGGGCUUGGCCGGAGUCCCAACAGUGGUAGGAGCCCUCGUAGUGGAAGAUUAGGAUCUACUGGUGGAAACAGCCCCAAUAUGCGCAGCCCAGGAAUGCAGCAAGUGAUUGCGGGGCGAAGUCCUCUUGCUGCCAAAACACUCAAGGAACGCAACAAGCCUUCAUCUGCCAAAAAGUUGAUACCAGAUGUAAUGGGCUCAGGACUAUCAAAGGUCGACAUAACAAAUGGCACCAGUAGCAGCACCAGCAAUGGAGUCGAAGUAACAUUCUUGCCACCUAUUUCAUCGGUUGCCAUCCCCCCUACAAGCACCACCUCAGGUUCGCAGGAUCAGGGGCAGAUGGCAGGAGUGCGGGUCGUUGUAGGGACUGGGGGUGAUGGGGGAGAGUUCCGAGUACCUGUAGCACCUGCGCCAAGGCAGGUUCACUCUCAGCAGGCCAGCUUCAAUGCUCAACUGAAUAAAUUUUUACCAAGGUACAACAACAGGCCGGGCAGGAGGGUUGUGCGCAAGAAUGUUGUGGUCCAGCGCCAGUUGCCAUUGUUACCCAAAGCUGUUGUCCCCCCACCAGGAGUUGUCACUGUCAAGAUGCUAACCCCUUCACACCAAGAUCAGACUAGUAGCAGCUUCAUACCUAUUACAAUUGCUCCAGCACCCAGUGGUAUCCCAGUCUCCACAGGCAGCCUCAUCUCUUCAAACCUGCAGCCUAAAGUGUCACCUUCAUUGUCAUCACCUACACAGCCAAUAAGACAUCAGCUGUUGCAGCCAGUGCAGACAUCUUUGAUUAAUAAUAAACCCCCUUCACCAGUGCAGCUACCAGCACUGACGCCUAGGCUUCCAACAGCAUUACCUUCAAGUACUCCCUGUGCAUUAGGCAAUGCUAUAUCUGUCAAUGUAUCAGGUCAACCAUUGUUGACAGUAGAAAUGCCUACCUCUGCAAGUGGAGCUCCAGUCACUGUGGACACACCCAGUAAUUCUGCAGGAAGGGUUGAAGCUCUUACAUCUACAUCAAGGGUUGAUAACACACUCAGUACUACAGUAAAUACAUUAACUAAUGCUUCCCCUGUAAAUGGGCUGCUUAACACUAUAGUAUCACAAGCACUGAGUGAACUACCAGAUUUGAGCACACCACCAGGGACACCACAGCCCUCUCACACGAACAAAUCCCCCAAUACUGGUGGCCAUUCUACUGUAACCACAGUAGCUUCAUGUCCACGAAUUCCAUCACCUUCACUAUUCAAUUCUUCACUCUCACUUGAUUCAUUACCAAGCCUAAGUGGUGGAAUAAUGACCAAUUUACCCCUAGUCAGUAAUUCAUCAUCAUCUAUAUCACCUUCAUUGUCAUCAAAUGUACUAACACAGAGCAUUUCAUCCUCAUUAUCACCCAUUACAAAAUUACUCACCACUGCCAGUACAAGCCAUCUUGAGCUUUCACCCCCUCCUUCACAAACCAAUAGCUUUGCCUCCUUACUCAACACACCCACACCACAUUCAGCUAGCAAUGCCCCCCCCAUUCAGGUUCACAAUGUGUCACCUACACCGCCCUCCCUUUCCGCUCUUCUAUCUGCCUCGUCACCUCCAGACAUGAGCAGAAGCUUUGCAUCUCUCCUCUCACCACAUCACGAAAACGCAUCAGCAGUGACCGUGCCAGAGCUCCAUAUUCCUGAAGGUGUUGUCAAUUUGCCUCUCCUAGAUAUUUCCCUUGGUGGAACUGUCACACUGGAAGACCAGGCACCAAGUCUUCUUGGGGAAAGUACUACUGUGACACUAGGUGCAGAGAUGCCUCCAGUAUCCACUGUAUCCACUGUCACCUCCACAUAUGUAAGGCUUACAACUUCUACUUCAUCUAUGAGUGGCGUUAACAGUCUCCAGGAGACCAGUAGUGACAAACUACUUGAUAUUACCUUAGGAAUCUCCAACUCUAACUCCAGCUUUUUCAAGCUUGCUUGCUGCUGCAACUCAGCCCCGUUCUCUUGAUUCUGCUCUCCUGGGUACACCAUCUCUAGUAAGUGACAGUUGCGGGAUUGCUACUGAAAACAAUGGUGAUGGUGGCAACGUUGUUGAAGGGAUCUCUGCAGUGGAUAUAUCGGGUUUUCCGGCCUUGUCCACGACACCUCCCUCCCCACCCUCGUCACCCUCACGUCUUCUGCAGCAGUCUGAUAACCAGUGGCUUAACAAUGAGGUCAAUGAUUUCUCCCUUUUCCAGCCUGCUUAAAAUUUUUUGAGCCCCCCCGUCGGGGGUUCUCACUCGGGGAUCAUCACAGCCUGCUUCCUCGGGCCCCAUGUUGCCGAAUCUCAUAUCUGUGUACAAUGAAAAUAGUGUAGACUUUACAGCAAAGUUUGCAGAGUUGAAAGCUCAAGCAUCAGAAGUCUACAAACAGUAAUUUAUUUUCCUAAAGUCUCAAAUGGUAAAAGAUUUUGAACCUGAUCUUUUUGUAAAUCUUUUUGUACAAAUACAUUAAACUUGAAAAAAGUG